CUUCUUCACCUCGGACUCGUGCCCAACAGUGCUCUGGAUCUUACUGACUUGUCCAAGUACCUACCGAGAUAUCUCAACCACUAGGUAAACACGCCGGAGGAUGGCUACAGCUCCAACAACGACCGGCUCUAUCCCGAGGUCUGAAUGGGAUUGGCAGGGGAGGCUAGCUCAACUGCAAAGACGGUUCUACGCACAUAAGGAUAGACCAAAACGCGACAUUGAUGACUCGGACUAUGACUCAGAAGAGGACGAAGACGAGGAGCUUGUACCCUGGGAGACUCUCCAACGUGCAUGCAUGGUCGCGAACAAAGCCCAGGUGACAGGACAUCCGGACACGCCAACCAUUCUCGAGCGGGUGCAGGAGCUACACACCAAAGUCAUACAAGUCUCCAUCUCCAAUAGGUGGCGCCCUACUUCCCUGAAGAGCUUUGCAGAUAGGCCGGGCACGCUGGUCAAGGACUCGAUGCACGCGUUCAUGGGACACGCGAACGGAGAUGCGAUGGCUAACGCUAUGGCAAACUUCUUUGGGGGCCUUGUGGGCAGGCCGGAAUCUCCAACGAGUCAGGCUGUACGUACCAUUCUGCCAUGGAAGAAAGAACAGCAGCCCCAUCCGGCAUCCACGCGUCUCUCGCGCUUUCGCUCUAGGCUAGAGUUCCCUUCCUCGUCGACCCAUCCCCUAGCAACUGCAGUCCUCCAGGCGCGCUGUGAAGUCUAUGACGACUUCAUCUUGGAGCCCUGCCGGAUGGCACUCUCGGACAGCGGCGGCUGUCUUGCAGUGAUCUCGAAUGCUGGGUACAAACAGCGCGAUCCGUUGCUGCAAUAUUGGCUCCCGAAUGCGGAUGCGAAUUUCAAACAGGAGGCUCUCAUCCCACCACUCAUUGAGCCGGGCAUCAACAUCGUGCUUGACGACGAGCGCGAACUCAUGUUUGUCGCAGACCGCGACCGCAUCAAAUCCUUCUCGUGGGCAGACAAGUCGAGCCGCCCGGUGCACAGCAUGAACUGUAUGAAGACGCAUCGAGGUCCGCUCAUAGUACUACCUGGUGGCCGCUUACUCCGCGCCGACGACGGGUCUGCCCUAUCUUGGACACUCGACGAAUUACCGACACACGGUUCUGGUCCAAACUACUCGCGGAUCGGUCUAGGCAGGUAUAGCUGGGCAAACUGUAUGCGCGACCGCAACGACGACCAAGAGGAAUACAGCACGGGGAGCCUGCCGAGCACGACCGUGCCCUUGCGCUUCCACCCGCGCACGUUAUACCUACACAAGCCUAGUGGGCAUGUCCUCGCGGGCGAGGACCCCAGCAAAGGAUACGGUUGCGUUGCGCUCGACCUCGAGCAUGGCGGUGCCGUGGCGGCGCGCUAUCUUGGCCAUGCUGGAACAAUCGCCGACUUCUCCACCAGUGAGGGCGAUGCGAACGCCUUCUUGACGGCUGCUGGGGAUGGCUAUGCGAGGUUGUAUGACCGCCGGAGGCCACUGCCUGUCCUGACGUUCGACGUCGAGAAGCGCGAGUCGGCACUCAUGGCCGCGGUUCUCGUGCAUAUCGAUGGUAUACCGAUCAUGUUCUCGGGCGGCAACAGAUCAGCAGGCAUCAAAUGCUGGGACGUCCGCGCAAAGAAGUGCGUAUACGAGCUCAGCACCGGGAACACUACCGUCGGGGGACUCGCCUGGUCAUCCGCGCAGUCAACGCUCUACGCCGCCACCGCAAGUCCGUAUCUCGACUGGAAGGGUGGUUAUUCGAGCUACAGCGAGUUGCAUAUGCCCGAGGUUGCGGACAUCUUGCCGCCCAAGACGCGUCGCCCCGGCCGCAAGGUGUUCUGGCCCGACCGUGCGAUCCACGUCGAGAAUGCAUUUGGUUAUGUUUAUGAUGCGGGGAUGCACGCCAUGUUGAGGUAUGCGUUCAAAGAGCAGCCCAAACUCGAUGUGUUGCCGGAGUACGGGGAUGGUCGACCAGGGCGCGAUGAUUAUGGCUCCCUGUUCUGAUGCUUUGACAGUCUCAUCCUUCACCAAUGUUUAUCUCUAUCAGAUUCUAUUGCUCGACCUCGCGCCUUCGCGCCUUACGAAUCACUACUGUAUUGUUGCCGCGGUAUCUGUAGAAGCUCGUCUUCCCCUUGUACACGAUGUAUCAUAGCAGUGUAGUAUAGCACGAAUAUUGUACAUGUAACAUAUAGCAUGACUUUGCUGCCGCAAACUCUGCCUUCUCCUGUCUGAGGACAAUAGGGAUGCGUGAAGUUCUGGUCGGACGCUCUCGUUCAAGUGUCAGUCGG